UGGCGGCGAUCCCGGUAGUGUUCGCAGCUAUGUCUGCUGAAUAUAUUUUGACCACCGCCAGGGUCCCUACGAGAUGCCUAAUACCACAAUGCGACGUUGACAAUCCUGAGUAUGCUCCAGAAUGGUUGCUCAACGCCAUCCCAGGGACCAGCAUGAGCAGCUUCGACAACUGCGCGCGAUACCGGAACAGCUCCGCGGCGAGCGGCGGCGCGGGACAGUGUGCUGAGGAGUGGUUUGACUUCACACAGACUGAGCCUUGCGACGAGUACGUGUACCAGAACACGCUGAGCAUCGUGUACGGAGUCCAAGUAGAAGGCUCCUGUCAUAGCCCUUACACACCUCUUUUGUGCUAUAAACGCCCUAUUAGCUUCACUAGAGUUUCCCCACAAUAUCAAUCCGUAUCGGAGCACUGA